CCGCGAUUCAUGAAUCAACAGACAUAUUCGAGAACACUACGUACAAGAUGGAAAGCCAAAAUGUCACUGACAAGGUACUCGGCGCCUACAAGAACUGCAUGAACACCUCGAUUCCAGAGAAAACCCAGUUCUACGCCUUGACGGAAGUGCUGAGCCGCGUCGGCGGAGAGUACUGGCCCGUCUGGCCUCCGCCGAAAGUUCGAGAAGUUCUGCCCACGUGGGACCAGCUGUACACCAGGAUUCACAACGAGUUCGCCAUCGACUUGCUCUUCGUCAUAGGAGUAGACAAGGAUCCCAAGAACGUAUCCAACAAGAUCAUCAGUAUAGAGCGGCCAUCAGCUGGUUCAGAUCUGCACUUGUUCAUGAAACGAAGCUCGAAGAAAGCGAACAAGAAAGUGAACCCGAAAGAUUUGGCUUAUCUAACGUUGAUGGCGUCGUGCAUUAAGGCGUUUAAUCCCAAGCUGUCAUUCAAGCAGGUCAAAAGGGUAAUACUGGACAUCAUCUGGUUCGAGUCUAACGUGACCAAGAUACUAGAAGCUGCGGAAAACAAAACAGGAACUGAUUUAAACUUUUACAGAAUGACUAUUGCUGAUCUAAGGAAUAUCUCUGAACAUGUGGACUGGCUGCAAAUGCUUCAGCGCCUGUUUGACAGCGUGAACAUCACACUGACACCAAAAGAGCCGGUAGUGCUCAAUGAACUGUACUACUUCAAAACCAUUGUUGACUUCAUCAUGAGGAACACAUCCAGGCACACGACUUACAACUACAUGAUCUGGCGUCUUAUACGGAACUUUGGCCCCAUGGCGCUGCCGAAAUUGCGGGAGCUGUCAUUCAAGAUUUCGAAGGCUUCGCGCGGUGUCAAGAAAGACAUUCCUCUGUCGACGAGAUGCGUGUACUAUAUAGCCGACGUCAUGGACUUUCCAGCCGGGAGGCUUUACGUUGAGCGUUACUUUAGCAUAGAGGCAAAGAAGGACAUCCUUGAUCUCGUGAACGAACUGAAAGAUGCAUUUAGCGCAAGUAUCAGGAGAACGAAGUGGAUGGACCGGUCUACGAAAGCACAUGCUCUUAAAAAACUGGAUAACAUGGUCAAGCUUGUUGGUUAUUCGGAUGACCUGCUCAACGACACCUACCUUAAUGACAUGUUCAAAGAGGUCAUUGACGCUAAGCAGGGACAGCCGUUCAUUCUAAGCUACAUUUCAUUUCGAAAACAAUGGGCCAAGAUAAACUUGAUGACACUGCACAAGAAGUACAGCAGGGAUGAAUGGUCGUCAGGUCCCGCUGUCGUGAACGCUUACUAUUACCCGCAAGUCAACGGUAUAACUUUUCCUGCCGGAAUUUUACGACCACCAGUAUUUGAGUAUGGGGUUCCCAUGUACCUAAACCUGGGAGGAAUCGGAGCGGUUAUCGGACAUGAAGUCACGCACGCGUUCGACGACACCGGAAGCCAAUUCGACAGUGACGGCAAUAUGCAGAACUGGUGGACGAACAAGACCAGGGGAAAAUUUCUGAAGAAGAUGACUUGCUUCAAGGAGCAGUACGGCAACAUUACAGACGAAAGACUCAAAGUAAAGCUUAAUGGCAAGAAAACUGUGGGAGAAAACAUAGCAGACAACGGUGGAAUUCACCAAGCAUAUCACGCCUACCGAGCUUGGGCGAGGAAGCACAAGGUAAAAUCGUUGCCUGGACUCGAGGACUAUACGGCUGACCAAAUGUUCUUCAUCUCAGUAGCCCUGACAUGGUGCAACAACCCUCGACCAAGACGUCUUCAGGCACAGAUAGACAGCGACGUUCAUGCGCCGUCAAGAUACAGAGUAAACGUGCCCUUGAGUAACAUGGAGGAGUUCUCAAGGGCGUUCAAAUGUCCCAAAGAUUCUCCAAUGUACAGCAAGAGAAAAUGCGUACUAUGGUGAGCCCAAAAAAUACGGAUCAAAGCAAUGGACACGGGAAGCCUCGUCACGUGACCACAUUGCCCCCCGAAGCGCCACGUUUAGCGUCCACUAACCACGACGGCGGACAACGACCCACCGUUGGCGCACGAAGAAACUCGUUUCUUUUUAUUAUUGUUGUUGUUUAACUGCGUGUUUUCAAGCAGCUAAGUCGUGUCCUCAAAUAAAAGCACUAGCUGUGUUAAUUUA